UUGUCCACUAGGCCAGAUGGAGGGAAAGGGAGAUUGGAUUCCCCUCCCCACCCACAUACAUCCAGGUGCCAAGAGACUCAGCUGAGGGGGGAGGUGUAGGUCAGUGGGACCUAUAUGAGCCGAUUACUGAAAGGGGGAGAAUAUCUGCUCUGAGAUGGGGGAAGGGCAGGCUCAAUUCCCCCCCCCCCCCACACACCCACCCACACACAUAUACACACACACACACAACCUAUCCCUUUCCUAGUAAAGGAGUUAAUGGCACUCUGACCCUAGCUCCAAAAGGAAUUUGGCAGGAGAUUGGAAGGAUCACGGGACAGGUUGUUUAAGGGCCAAACGGCUCUCAUGCCCCUCCUCCAGCUGGUCGGGUAGCCUCUCCUGGGAGGACCAGGACCAGGGUCGGACAGUGCGGACGCCGGAGGUAGCGGGUCUAGGUGGGCUGGACCCCGGAGUGAAGGAUGGUGAAGAAGCAAGAGCCGGGGCAGGGCAGAGGGCUGUGGGACAGAAGCCGGGAGGCGCGGCCAGGACUGAGAUGAAGGCUGCGGGGAGCUCCGCAGAAGCGCUGGGCGGGAAGGACAGGCCGGGAGAGAGCCAUACAGGGAGGAUCCGGGGCCCCUGCUGAUGUCACUCGCAGUUGUGAGCGGCCGCCUUUCCCGGGGACAAUGUGGGACUGAGCGGCCCAGCCGCUGCCGCCGCCGCAGAACAGCCCCAGCGAGACAGAGGCUUACAUCAAGGAACCAGAGCCUGGAACUCCCCUAGUCCUUCCCCGCUCCCCCCACUCCACACUAGAGAUGGUUGGUCAUCCUGGGAGGCUGAAAGGCCGAGGCUGGGUCUGAGGACGUUGGGCAGUUUUGUGGAGACCAGGCUAAUCAGCAAGGAGCUAGCUGAGCCACAGUGUGGACACACUCCCAGGCCGCUGCGGCCCCAGCCCCGCCUGACAGGAUGAGCAGUUCAGAUGCGGGGCUGGAGGAGGGGCCCGAGCUUAGUAUCACCCUCACCCUGCGGAUGCUGAUGCACGGGAAGGAAGUGGGCAGCAUCAUUGGGAAGAAGGGAGAGACUGUAAAGCGAAUCCGGGAACAGAGCAGUGCCCGGAUCACCAUCUCGGAGGGCUCCUGCCCCGAGCGAAUCACCACCAUCACAGGCUCUACGGCUGCCGUCUUCCACGCGGUCUCCAUGAUUGCCUUCAAGCUGGAUGAGGACCUUUGUGCUGCUCCUGCAAAUGGUGGCAGUGUCUCCAGACCUCCAGUGACCUUGCGCCUUGUCAUCCCUGCCAGCCAGUGUGGAUCACUGAUUGGGAAGGCAGGCACCAAAAUCAAGGAGAUCCGAGAGACUACAGGAGCCCAGGUGCAGGUGGCAGGGGACCUGCUCCCAAAUUCCACAGAGCGUGCUGUCACUGUGUCCGGGGUGCCUGACGCCAUCAUCCUGUGUGUGCGCCAGAUCUGUGCUGUUAUUCUGGAGUCCCCACCCAAAGGAGCCACAAUCCCGUAUCAUCCGAGCCUCUCCCUAGGUACUGUCCUCCUCUCGGCCAACCAGGGUUUCUCUGUCCAGGGUCAGUAUGGAGCAGUGACCCCUGCAGAGGUCACCAAGCUCCAGCAGCUCUCAGGCCACGCCGUUCCCUUUGCAUCACCCAGUGUGGUGCCAGGACUGGAUCCCAGCACACAGACCAGCUCACAGGAGUUUCUGGUUCCCAAUGAUCUGAUUGGCUGUGUGAUCGGACGCCAGGGCAGCAAGAUCAGCGAGAUCCGGCAGAUGUCGGGGGCACAUAUUAAGAUCGGGAACCAAGCGGAGGGUGCUGGGGAGCGGCAUGUGACCAUCACUGGCUCACCGGUCUCCAUCGCCCUGGCUCAGUACCUCAUCACUGCCUGUCUAGAGACGGCCAAGUCUACCUCUGGGGGGACGCCUGGCUCAGCCCCCGCAGACCUGCCCACCCCUUUCUCGCCACCCCUGACGGCCCUGCCCACAGCUCCCCCAGGCCUGCUGGGCACACCUUAUGCCAUCUCCCUCUCCAACUUCAUCGGCCUCAAGCCUGUGCCCUUCCUGGCUCUACCACCUGCUUCCCCAGGGCCACCGCCGGGCUUGGCGGCCUACACUGCCAAGAUGGCAGCGGCCAAUGGGAGCAAGAAAGCUGAACGGCAGAAAUUCUCCCCCUACUGAGGCCGGCCGGCUGAGGCACCGGCAGGGGCAGGCAGGACCGCCGGCAGGGGCUGCCUCCACAUCCUUCCUGCCCAAGGAGACUCCACCAUGGGGUCUCAAGCGCCAGUAAUGCCAGACGCAUGGAUGCACCCCCUACCCUGCCCCAUCUUUGGAGAUCCUCCUCUGAGAGGGGACAGUUUCUGGCCCAGGGUUCUAGGAGUAUGGCAGCCCCAGGGCAGGGGCCCCACCUCUACAGACCUAUGCUUGGAUGCAGAGAAUGGCCAGGGGCUCUCUGGAGCCCUGCUGUGGGAGGGGUUACUCAUGUCCCCUCCAUCCCUUUGGGCUUCAUCCUGCUGUCCCAGUGGGAAUUGGAGGAGAGUGAGGGGCGGCCAGGGCCAAGCUUCUCCUCAUCCCCUGUAGAUCCUGCUGCUUCUACUGAUACCCUUUUGACUGGAAUAGACUGGCUGGGCUUGUCCGGGGGAGGGCAACCCAAAGAGAGGGCUCUGCCUGCCUGUAGGUGUGGCCUGGGGGGCAGGGGCCCAGUCUCAGCAGCAGACACUCUGUACAGUUUUUUCAAUCCCUGUUUUUGAAUAAAUAUUCUCAGCGACCAGAAA